UUUCCCUGUAAUAUUUUUUGUUAUCAGAUGCAUCCGGUUUCGUUACUUCUACGAUCAUUUGUCGCCUUAUCAACAAUUGCGCUAUUGGUUCAAAUAGUACUUUAUCAUAUCAAUGAUAUCGUGUUGGAUUUGGUCGAUUGUGGUGCUGAUGAUUGGCGGGUCGUUGUCACUACAGAUCGAGCUAUACAGUUUUGUACAGAGUUUCUUUUAUGUGCAAUUUGCCCACUUCCAGGUACUGGUUCAAUACAGUGGUCAUUUAUUGAAACUACGCGAAAUAUGCAAUCCAGUCAUGGAAGAUCAUUUUACAGUAGAGAGGUGCCUAUUGACGUUUUGUUGUCAAUGCUGAUGCUUUCGCGCGUCUAUCUAUUUGCAAGAUUUAUGGUCCUUCAUAGUAAACAGUUUCAAGAUGCUUCAACGCGAACACUGGCGGCAUUGAAUCGAAUUCAAGUGAACUUUUCAUUUGUUCUUAAAACAGUACUGGAUCAACAACCAAUACUAUUUCUCACAACAUUUACAAUAAUUUUUUGGAUCGUCACGUCCUGGACAUUCGUACAAUGUGAAAGGUUUGUCGAUCAAGACGUCCCAUCAAUUCUUUACUCAAAUGCUUUGUGGUUCAUUGCGAUAACUUUCAUGCUGAAUGGUUAUGGCGACAUCGUACCUCAAACCCACGCUGGAAGAAUAAUCGCGAUUUUCGUCGGUGUUGUAGGUGCUAUUAUUUCAUCAAUUCUUAUCGCCGUUAUCUCAAGAAACAUUCUACUCUCACACGGGCAACGUAAUGUGAACAAUUUUAUGCAUGACAGUAAACUCACCAGAGAACACAAAAACGCAGCAGCAAAGGUUUUACAACAUACAUGGCGUAUCCAUAAUUGUUUACGAAGUGGACCAGAUAGUCGUCUACGGACAUUUCAACGAAAAUUUCUUCGAGCUAUUCAUGAGUUUCGAGCCAUUAAGAAUGAAAUGCGAAUGUUCUCUGAGAAUAACUCGGCAAACACUCAGCAAGUGACUCGAUUAGUCGCUGAAAUGCACUUCUCAAUGCAGCGCCUAAUAUCUGCACAAGAGGAGAUCAGAGCACAAAUUGAAGUCUUACAACGAGCUGUUCGUAAUCAUUACACAAAUAGCCAACAAUGGUUGGUUUUUAUGACGCUAUUUACCAUUUUUCUGUACCGUGGCCAGGUCGAUAGUGUUGGGUUUCAAACUGUGAUACGUUGCGGACGAAAACAGGUUCACAGACGUCGAGAAUGA